UUGAAGAAGAUGGGAUCCAUUGGUGUGUCCGGGGUUCGAAGCUCCGUGCGUAGUCGAGGUUCGUCGUCGACGACGACUAGUGAUCCCCGCGAGAAGGUGAAGGAUUGUUGCCGAAAGUUGGUGGCGUUUAUGUGUACUCAGGUUGGAGUAGGUGGCCUCGUGGUUGGUUAUGCCAUUGUCGGAGCUUUUGGUUUCAUGUGGAUUGAGAAGGACUGGAAGAAUCCUCAAAAUGAAAAUGUGGCAAAACUUCAUGCGACAUGUGUUUGUGACAUCUGGAAUUUGACUGUUAGUGGGUUCACUUUCAACGAAACUGCCUGGCGUAGUGAGGUUGACAGGGUGCUGAAAGUCUUCCAGAAUGAUUUUGCGAAAGCUUAUAAAGAAGGUUAUAAUGGUAGAAUCAAUGAGGAUUUAUGGACCUUCCCAGCCUCCUUGAUGUUCUGCUUGGCUGUAUUCACCAUGAUCGGCUACGGAAAUAUCGUCCCCAAAACACCAAUGGGGAAAGGUCUCACCGUACUGUAUGCUGUUUUUGGAAUUCCGCUGUAUGUGUUGUACUUCAUGAACAUGGGGAAGGUUCUGGCUUCAACGUUUCGCUGGCUAUACAGGCGUUUGUACGAGUGUAGUGAAGAGGGUGUAGGCGACCAUGAUUCUGAGAGCAAUCUGCCCCCAACCCCAGCCCCCCGUAUAAUUGUCCCAUCCACCGCCUGUCUUUGGGUUAUGGGUGGCUAUGUGCUCACUGGAACAAUCAUGUUCGCGGAGUGGGAAGGAUGGGAAUAUCUUGAUAGCACGUAUUUCUGUGUGACUAGUCUUUGUAAAAUUGGGAUCGGAGACUUUGUGCCUGGAGCAAACAUCCUUGAAGCUCUCAAUAGUGGCAGUCAGACAAAACUGAUCAUCAAUUUUGUGUAUCUGCUCCUAGGAAUGGGUCUUAUCGCGAUGUGUUACAAUUUGAUGCGUGAAGAAAUACGUGUGAAAAUGCGCGACCUAAAGGCUGACAUGCGGCAGUGGCUGGAAGAUGUUCGAAUUCGUAUCAUAUCCAGCUAUCGGCGUAAGCGCGGCUAUUGACAGACGUAAAUAGUGCGAGACAUAAUUAAACUAUAUAAAAAAAGACUGCAUUGUGCAGUUGGUAUGAUUAUGAUGCAGAAGGCAUUUAUUAGGAACUAGAUGAGCAGCAGUCUCGUUCUUUGACUUAUGGCAUAACU